AUGAGGCCCCAGCACCUCUUCUUGUCUGCUGCGCUGUUCCUGGCCCAGGCAGUGCCGCAUGAAGCCUCUCAACACUGUAGCCGCCUUGAGUACUGGAACCCUGACAACCAGUGCUGUGGCAGCUGCCUACAGCGCUUUGGGCCUCCCCCAUGUCCUGACUAUGAGUUUUCAGAAAACUGCGGGCUCAAUGACUUUGGUGAUCACGUAAUGUAUCCCUUCAAAAAGUGUCCUUCUGGGCAGUGCAAUCUGGACUUCGCAGAGCUAUGUGGCUUCUGUGGCAGCAGAACCAGGACCUCCACUCCCGAGAGAAGCCGGCAGCGCUGUGAAGAGAAGCGUGCCCCUCCCAAGGAGCCCUGUCUUCUGAAGUUUGAAACACCCAGCAUCCCAAGCUCCCAGGAAACCAGCUCACCAGCCAUUUCCAGACCCUCUCGAACAUCUGAAUACACCGUCCCUCGGCAGGCCCUGCUGACUUUUGCCCUGCCCCUGGUGCUGGUUCUGCUUGUGACCUCAGCAGCCAUCUUCCUGUUUACCCUGCAAAGGCACAGUCCCUAUUACCCCUGUCCUGGCUCCAACACCUCUCAAGGCUCCCUGGUGGCAUCGGAGGCAGAGCUGCCAAAUCUGGCAUCACAGCCCCUAUCUCGCCUUCUGGAUGAGUUGGAGGUGCUGGAGGAGCUGAUUGUGCUGCUGGAUCCUGAGCCUGGGCCUGGUGGGGCUUUGGCCUGUGGUACCACUCGACACCUGGCUGCAAAAUAUGGACUGCCUGCUUCCUGGUCCACCUUUGCCUACUCACUGCGACCUAGUCACUCGCCUCUGCGUGCCCUGAUUGAGAUGGUGGUGGCAAGGGAGCCCUCCGCUUCUCUGGACCAGCUUGGCACAUAUCUGGCCCAGCUAGGGCGGGCAGAUGCUCUGCAGGUGCUGUCCAAACUUGCCUGA